AAUCGGGGGCCUCUCAUUCUAUUACAGAUUUGGGCAUGGGAGCGCAUCCCGAUGUGUAGACCGCAGGGCGUACUUCCACCCAAGUAUGAGAGAGAUGCACCUUAUGGGGCGAGGUGGGUUUGUUAUCAUCGUUGGACAGUGUCACCGUCUCAUACCAUUCGACCGUACAGGGACCAGUUAGACAGGCUACAGAAGAGAGAGUUCGUUUGGAUGCCAUACCUCGAUUUCCAGCAUUUGCAUCCUCACUGCACCACAGGGUUCGCAAUAUGGUGUGCACGUGUUCCGUUGAUAUACACCUAUAUGGUGGAGAUGUAUUACCCAGAUCGGUUCUGUCGCCAGUUUGGUGGACUUCAGGAUAUCCCUCAGGCAGUGGAUUAUGAUCGUGAGUUCCACGCCGUCAGGACAACCAUAUGGACCAUGGUUCCUAGGACGUCACAUUUUGUAGCAUAGUGGAAAGGCCGACAUCAGAGUAUUGUGGAUUUUGACUUUGAUCAUCACGGAUACACUGAUGCAUAUCGACAUUGGUAUUAUCGU